UUCUGUAUUCCUUACAGUCUUAGAAAUUAAUAUCAGCUUCUUUCGGUUAUUCUCACUCUAUUGCCAUAGAUUUUUCUGCUACUAAUUUUUUGUUUGUACACCUGUAAAGAAAUACUUUUCAAUCACAGUGUUUUUAAAAUGGUUAUCUAGUUCUAUUUUAAGUCAGUUAUCUCGAAAUUUUCUUUUUAUGGAUAUUUUACGAUCUUUCUCAAACAAAUAAAUCUAGAUUGCAGGAAAUCCUUAGCAUUAAAUCAGAAAUGUGUCUUGAAAGGGAUGUAGAUAUAUUAGAUUUAAUUUGUAAUACAAGUUCUGAGAAUGCCAGAGUAUAUAGAGGUGAUCUCAUGAGUAAACAUGCCAUCCAGAAGAUACAGGUACUGAAUAAAUACAACAAUAACAACAAUAAGUCUUUUUCCUCGAUAAAUUUGGGAUGGCUAGAUGAAUCAUUUAUCAUUGCUCCUUUUGGUUUAUUGUUAGCUUUAUUGGAAGAUUCAAAGGAACGAGAUCUUUAGAGAAAGCUGGUUAUGUUAGUUUUUGUUUAUGCCCCUCUCCUUCAAUUUGUUUUACUAAGAUCGCGUCUCUUUACGAACCACCUACCUAAGUAGUCAUUCUCAUUCUCUUGAUUUACUUUCAAUUGGUGCUACGGGCAUAUAUUCUCCUUUCUUGUCUUAUCAAUUUUAGCAUGCCGACACAUCUACAAUUUUCAUCACCAUCUUCCGUUCAAUGACUUGGUAUUCUUCACAAUUUUCCAUCAGGGGACUUUUACACACUGAGAAGAGACAGGAGGACACGCAUGACCAUUUAAAAUUUGUUCUCGGGGAUGCUAUGAUCUCUAGUGAAAUAGAAAUGGUGGGCCCUGAAACUACUGCAUGUUUACAAGCUGCAUCAUUUCUUCCUGAUGAAAUUACCGAAGAGAUGUUUAACAUGGACAAGGCCGAUGAAUGCAAAAUUGGAUCUGCGGCUUUCAGGAGUCCAUCCAUCAUUAUGGAUAACUCGUUGAGUCCUGCUCACACACUUGUCCAAAUUGUUUGUCAGGAUCACAAAGGCCUCUUAUACGAUAUAAUGCGAACUUUGAAGGAUUAUAACAUCCAGAUUUCUUAUGGGCGAUUGACAACGAAAGAUAAAACAGAAUGUGAGCUGGACUUAUUUAUCAUGCAAGUGGAUGGUAAGAAAAUAGUUGACUCAAGCAAACAGAAUGCAUUGUGCUCUCGUCUUCGAAUGGAACUAAGUCGUCCUCUUAGAGUAGCAGUAAUCAGUCGUGGCCCUGAUACUGAAUUGCUAGUUGCAAACCCCGUGGAGUUAUCUGGAAAGGGACGUCCUUUGGUUUUCUAUGAUAUUACUCUUGCUCUGAAGAUGCUCAACAGUGUCAUAUUUUCGGUAAUUUCCUUUAAGCAUGCUAUACUAGUUCUAGUUCAAUACGUUCACAAAUAUGCACU